AUGCUCCUUGAGCAAGUUUCGCCAACUUUGCUCAGUAUGCCUCUUAUAAUUUGUCACCGUAUUUUGGAAAAGUUGGAGCCUGACGAUAGACUGAUCAUCCGAAAAGUAUGCAGAAUCCUGAAAACCUCCGUGGAUAACUUUGGACUACAUUACAAUUCCAUCUUUGUUAAAAUCUGUGAAUCUACUGUUUCUAUGUAUUUAUUAGAUGAUAUAUGUGUCUAUUACUACGACCUAGAUGAUGUCAAUUUAUCAGUAACAUACAAAGGAAAAGAAACAAUUAUCCAAGGGGAAAAUUUCUUGAAAAUAGCAUUCGAGGAUUUGAAGAUAGUCACGAAUGAGACAUCAUCAUUGGUUUUACAUUCCUAUGAUAGAAGUGGCAUUUUUGCAUUUUUCAUUAGUGAACAAGGAUGUAUUAAUGUUAAAUCGAUAAAACUCAACGAUUUCUCAUUUAAAGAAGUUCUGAUUAUUCUUCCGAUGCUCAAUGCACAGAAGCUGGAAAAUAUUGAAAUAGAAUAUCUAUACGAUAUUGACAAUUUUAAACAAAUUACUUGCCUGGAUCAAUGGAGAAAUGCAAAAAUUAUUCAUUUCUAUCAAAACUCGCCAGGCAUACCUAUUGAGGAUUUGUUUCACAUAGAAGAGUUUACAAUCUACUUGCAGAAUUUGUCAGUGCAGAAUGCGAUCAAAAUUCAAGAUAUCCUCAUGGAAAGUAGUACAUUCCAGAAGUGCACGUUAUAUCUCCGUAAUGAUGAUCCAAUAGAACUUGCAAAGGUUUUCCUACCGAAAUAUCUUGGAGGCAAUGAACAUUCAAUUAAAUAUUUAACUAGGUUUACUAUUCAUUGUGAACUUCUACAUAGAGUUUCACACUUUGACAGGAGCCAAUGGAAGUUUUCAAUUUCGAAUGAAUGAACUAC